UCGAUAUACAUUUAAAUCCCCACCCAACACACAUGGAGAUCCUUGCGUUUUGUACUGCAGUGGCAGUGUUGCUUGCAAUCUGUAAAUUCAUUGAAAAUUAUCUCCGGUCUAUCUCAAUACAAAACACACACAAUAAAUGUGUAUUGGUGACUGGAUGUGACACCGGCUUUGGGCACCGCCUGGCCCAAGAACUGGACAAGGGGGGCACGCGAGUUUUUGCAGGUUGUUUUACGGAGGAGGGCAAAAAGAGGCUGACGGAAAAAUGCUCUGCGGAUGCUGUUAUUUUCCGUCUAGAUGUAACCAAAGAAGACUCCAUUCAGAAUGCUGUUAAUUUGGUCCAGUCAGAACUACGCCAAGACGAGGUGUUGUGGGGUGUUGUAAACAAUGCGGGUGUCCUACACCUUGCAGCCCCACUGGAAUGGCAGACGAAGGAACACUAUGAAAAAACUCUGAGCGUUAACUUCAUCGGGACGGUAAUGAUCACAAAGGCCUUCCUUCCGCUUUUGCGCAAGUCUAGGGGUCGCCUCAUCAAUAUGUCGUCUGUUGCAACAAUGGUGGCAUUUCCAGGAGUUGUAGCGUAUAACGUGAGCAAGGCAGCUAUAGAAUCGUACACGGACACUUUCAGGCGUGAAAUGUACCAUAUAGGCGUCACGGCGCACCUGAUACAGCCCAGCGGCUUCGCCACCAACAUUUUCCCUCAGGAAGCCACAAUGCGUCUUCGACAAGCCUUCAACGAACUCCCAGACAACGUUAAAGAAUUCUACGGAGAGAAAACUGUACAUUCAGGCGGAGUUGGACAAGUGAAAUCCGACGGAUCUUUCGAUCCCGAUUUGUCAAAAGUAACUAGGGCGAUCCAGCACGCGUUGUUUGCGCGGUACCCAAAGUACAGAUAUCUCGUGGGUCAGGGAUCAGUUGCGAUGUUCUGGACAUUGUCCCACCUCCCAGAAAUUGUCACAGACAAAAUUUUUGCAGUUCCAGCGCCUUAGCAUUGACUUGUAUUUCGGAGUUGUGAAUUUAAUAUUUUGUUUUUUGUUAACCAUGAAUACGUUUUUGUAUUUGUUUUAUAAUGUUAUUUGUUAUUUUAUAUUGCCUUUAUACGUAUAAUGAAACAUGUAAAAAUGAAGUACUAGAAUAUGAAACUAUUUUUAUCAA